UUCUUUGUGCUCGUGUGGCGGCGCCUGCUUCUGAGGUCCUCACCGGCGCGUCUCCUCGGCCCGCCAGCGCAAGCUCUUCCGUGACUGACCAUGGCGGCGGCGGGAGCGUGUCCGGGCGUGGAAGCGGGCUUCUCUAGCGAGGAGUUGCUGUCGCUCCGCUUCCCGCUGCACCGCGCCUGCCGCGACGGGGACCUGGCCGCGCUCUGCUCGCUGCUGCAGCAGACGCCGCGCGCCCACUUGGCCGCUGAGGACUCCUUCUACGGCUGGACGCCCGUGCACUGGGCCGCGCACUUCGGCAAGUUGGAGUGCUUAAUACAGUUGGUGAGAGCUGGUGCUACACUUGAUGUCUCCACUACUCGUUAUGCACAGACCCCAGCCCACAUUGCUGCUUUCGGGGGACAUCCUCAGUGCCUCAUCUGGUUGAUUCAAGCAGGAGCCAGCAUUAACAAACCGGACUGUGAGGGCGAGACUCCCAUUCACAAGGCGGCUCGCUCUGGGAGCCUAGACUGCAUCAGUGCCCUGGUGGCUAACGGGGCUCACAUCGACCUGAGAAAUGCCAGUGGCCUGACAGCAGCAGACAUUGCUCAAACCCAGGGUUUCCAAGAAUGUACCCAGUUUCUCUUGAACCUCCAGAAUUGUCAUCUGAACCGUUUCUAUAAUAAUGGCACCUUAAAUGGGGGCCAUCAGAAUAUAUUUCCUAAUCAUGUUAGUGUGGGAACAAAUCGCAAGAGAUGCUUGGAAGAUUCGGAACCCUUUGGAGUGAAGAAAGCUAGAACUGAAGCUCAAAGCUCGGACUACUCCAUGCCACUAGUGAACGGCGAGGCAGAAGACGAUGCUGACAAAAUGCACGUCGACAGAGAGUUUGCUGUUGUAACAGAUAUGAAAAACAGUAGCUCCGUAUCGAAUACAUUGACAAACGGAUGUGUCAUCAAUGGACAUUUGGACUUCCCUUCCACGACUCAGCUCAAUGGGAUGGAAAGCAGGAAUGACCAGUGCUUAACAGGAUCUAAUGGAAUUAGCAAUGGAUUAGUUCCAGGACGGCCAUUUCCGAGUAGCCAGGGUUCUCUCUAUGUUAAUGGGACCGAGGAGCCAGAAAAGACCAUGAGCAUUAACCCUGAGAUGUGCGGUUCUCUGCACCUGAAUGGCAGUCCAAGUAGCUGCAUAGCUAAUAGACCUUCCUGGGUGGAAGAUAUUGGGGAAAAUUUGCACUAUGGACAUUACCACGGGUUUGGGGACACUGCUGAAAGCAUCCCUGAGCUUAAUAGUGUAAUAGAGCAUUCCAAUUCUGUGAAGGUGGAAGAAAGAUACGACAGUGCCGUCUUGGGUACCAUGAACCUCUACCAUGGCUCUUAAAGACAAGUGGUCUGGCUCUGUCUGGAAGCAUUAAUUCUUCCUAGAAACCAACUCAGAAUACUAAUGUAGCAUCCACUUAAAGGAAUGCCAUAAUUUGUCCUAUUUUUUUAUACUUUAACUUUCUGAAAAAGUAAACUUGUAUUUGACGAAUUCCUCGUGAGUCCUAGUGAAUGCACGAGUGGAGCUUAUUUAGUGCAUAGGUGUUUCUUGGAUAGCAGACCUCUUAAAAGAUGCACUUUGAGAAUUUAAUUUUUCUGCUGCCAGUCUCAGUAUUUCUUCUGAAUACUGUCACCAUAAAUUGGCAUUUUUCCUUUUGUCAAAUUAAAUUGUAUCUGAUGAAGAUAAAUUGGAGGCAGUCAGUGAGGUGCUUGGUGAUUUAACCCUUUGCACACGGGCAUCAUUUUGAAAGUUUGCUUUUCCUCCUUCCUGCAGAAUUUUUGACAGAACACAGCUCUUUCCCUAUGCAAGGUCCAGCCUUACAAAGAUGACUUGGAGUGAUUUGUAUGAAGAAAAGAAUAUUUGUGCUUUUCGAAGUCCUUUCAUUGAAACUUUGCAGCUUGCCUUGUGAAGGUUUACUUGUAGACACACACAGUGGUUUGGAUGCAUAAGUUAUGUCCCUUCUUUCAUGAUGUAACUCACUCCCUGGAUUUCAUUGAAAAUACACGCACAGGGACUGACUUCCGAUUGUUUUUAUUACACAUUUCCUACUUUGUCUCUAGAAUUUUUACCACAGAUAACGGUUUCCUUUAUAUGUAGUGGAAGUUACUAUUUGUAGGAACUGUCAGGUCAAAAUAUUUAACUGACUAUUCUGACUUAUAUUUUCUUUUUUCCUUGUUUUUGUUUUUUGGGGGGUUUCUGCUUUACAAUAUAUACCACUAUGUAUAUUCAGUAAACUGAGAGAAUUUUGAACCUCUCUUAAUAAAACUGUUAAGUUUAUGGUUUUAUAGAAAUUAGCUUUUGUUUCAGUGACACUGUGGUUACACUGUGCAAAUAUUGUAAUGAGUUUUUACUUUUCUGAUUUUUGUAAUAAAAAUUGGUGAAAAUAGAGAAGAUGUCAAAUGAACAGGCCAAUGUUCUAGAGUGUUACUAACAUUUUGUUUUUAAACUGUCCUUUACAAAUUGAAUAAAAAAAAAACCUCUCACACUCGA